AAUUUCCAUUGAUACACAUCAAUUUUUUUCCUCCAGGGCAACCAUUUAUGAAUCCAGAUGGUACAGCAGUAGUGUAUAAUCCACCUCCAGCCCAGCAGACUAUAAGGAAUUCAUUGGCUGGUCCUGCACAGCAACCACCACCUGUUCCACAACAGCAGCAAGUAGCAAAUCACAUCCUUUCUCAGCCAAUUCGGGCUCUGCAGUCUUCUUCACAGCCUAUCCAGUACACUGCGGUCUCUUACCCACCACAACUCCUGCCAGUAUCACCCACCCAGCAAUACACUGUGCAAGAAAGUCUUGGAGCCCAGUUUAGCCAGAUGAGCCUUGGCCGUCAGCCAUCUGCUGAAGCUCCAGAUAGCCACACUGCCAUAUUCCCAUCAUCUGUCGUGCUUCAGCCACAACAGCAGCCUGGAUUUAUUAUGGCAUCUCCAGGACAGCCACUUCCUACAUCUAACUAUUCUGCCUCUGGUCCAUCAGUUAAUCAACAGGUGCUUCAACAGCAGGGAUAUGUGCAGCAACCUAUGCAGCAGCUGUCUAGUUGUUACUGUGCUCCAGGUCAGUACCCCCAUUCUAAUCAACAGUAUCGACCUGUAGCCCCUAUCCAUUACAACACUCAGCAGAACCAGCCAUUGUCACAAACUGCCCAGCAAACAGGCUUUCAAACAAUGAUGUCAAUGUCAAGUCAACAACAGAGCUAUCAGGGCUUGGUUACUGUUCAGCCUCAAAAUCAAAAUGUUGUGAGUGGCCAACAUAGCAAUGUGGGCAGUCAGAUGCAAAGCAUGAUGAUUCAGUAUCCUUCAAUGCAGUCCUAUCAGAUGUCAUUAACUCCAGGCUCCCAAGGCGUGAGUCAACAGUCUUAUCAGCCAAUUCUAAUCCCAGGUCAUUCAAACCAAGGUCCUUUACCUUCUGCAGGAAUGCCAGUCUAUUACAGUGUUAUCCCACCAACUCAACAAAAUAGUAUGAGUUCAUCAGUAGGUUAUCUGCAACCUCCAGGAACCGAUCAGAUGCAAUUCCCUCGGCCAUCUUCCCCAUGCAAUUCUCAACAGCUACAAAGCCAACAGUGUGCAGCUGUUGUGUCACCACAUGGCAGUGGAAUGCUUAUGAUGCAGCUUAGCAUACCCAACAAUCCUCAUCCUCGUGCUCAUUCUCCACCCCAGUGGAAGCAAAAUAAAUAUUUCACCUUGGACCAGAGAGGGCACAAAUCUGCAGAAUUUAACAACCCAGAUAUUACCACACAGAGCAGCCCACAGAUAGGUAGUCCUGCCGUCUCUCCAGCCCAAUCUCCGGCACCACAACCAAUGACGACUAUUAAAAAUGUCCGCACUGGACUAGGACCGCUUCCAUUAAUGGCACAGUUUCCUCAACCUAUAGUCCCUGGACAAGAUGCUGCCCAUCACCAUUCUAGUUCAAGGACCUCAACAAGCAUCAUCCUAGAUUCCUUUGAGCAGGGGAGUGGCCAUGGAUAUGACUGGAGUGGCUUCACCACACCACCAAGAGGAGAUGGGCGCUACCCUUUGCUUGGCCAGCCUUUGCAGUACAACACUCCAAUCCGUCCUCUUCUACAUGGGCCUCAUAUAGUCUCAACACAACAGGGUCAGAAUUUGAAUAGGCAUGGAGGAAGAGGAAAGAAACAAACAAGAAAAGCAGCAUCAACAGACCUUGGUGCAGGAGAACCUGUUGUCAGCAGAGUCCUGGAAGUAACUGACCUACCAGAGGGAAUUAGUCGAACAGAUGCUGAUAAACUCUUAAAUGAACUCUUUAAAGCUGGUGCCAAGAUUCGAUGGCUGCGAGACACUCAGCCACAUUGUAGUGGUGGUGGUAGUGGUGAUAGUAACGCAAACACAGAACACUCAAAACCUCCCAGUGACUUGGCAUCCAUGUACACAAUCAUAGCAAUGUUUCCUUCAAAACUAGCUGCUCAGAAUGCAUUGUUGAAACAAAAUAACUCCAGCAAAUUCAAACUGAGAACAAGCAAGAAGCACUACGAUUUUCACAUUAUGGAAAGGGCUAGUUCUCAGUAGUAAAUGCUGCACUGGAUCUGCAGUCUCUUCCACUGUUUUUCCCUCCUCGAUUGGGCUUGUAUAAUGGUUUCUGUUGACGUAUAGACUCCUGGAACUUUGGUGUUUUAUGACCUAGCAAUUGAAGAAAAUCAGUGAUCCAUCAAAAAAAGGCGAUGAGUUUCCUAAUUUAUGUUCACCGUUGUCACAACAAAGUAUCUGAGCAUAUCACAAAACAGCAUCUUUACGUGGAGAAUGCUGUAGAACCACAGUACAAAUUUUAUAGCCUUUUUGUUUUAUAUCUGUGAAUCUUGUAUCCAAUCCAGAGCUCCAUUGUACAGCAACUCUUCUGUCAAUACCAUCAGCCAAUAAUUACUCGCCUUAACAGUUUUUUACCCAGCAGGACCAGCAAAAUGUGAGUUCGUUUUUUUAAAAAAUCAAAAAAAUUUGAAGCCCGAAGUAGUGGGAACGAAGUGUUCCAUUAUCUUUCUUGGCUGGUCACUCGUGAUCUACAAAGAAGAAUGUGUGAAGUAAUGCCUUUAGGUGCAGCCUGAAGAUUUUGCAGUUUUCCACCUAGCCCCCAAUACCCUAUUUUUGGUCAACUUCAGAUUCAAUAAUUGGGCUCAUGAAAUUAUUUGUGUGGACAUUCUUUAUUUGUUGUUUAAAAGCCCCAGAUUGCAAUUUUUUUUUUGUUAUUUCUUAAAUGCUGGACAUUUGUUAGAAAGUUUGUGUUUUAAGUUUACCCAAUAUUGAGGAUCAAUGGACAUGAAUAUAUUUGUUACAUUAUUGUCAUACAAACCUAUCAUUCUUUUUGGUUGUGUGUAAACCUGCCAGGCUGUACAAUGUGUGCUGAUGCAAGUUCUCUGCUCCCCCACCCCACCUUUUUUCAGUUCAAGAAAAGAAAAUAAAUGUUUACAAAUAUA